CUUCCUGUUUGUCAUUCUGACCCCGGCGUGAGGGGGAACUGUGUCUGUUGUACUUUUAAGGAUAAAUCUUUGAAAUAGUUUCUCGAACGGACUGGACAUUAGCGAGUAAUAUACUCCGAAGCGGUGUGUGGUGUGCACGCAUCCGAAGCCUCACUAGAAGACCUCUCUGGCACCCUCUCCUUCUACGGCAUUGUUUUUGGUUGGCCUCUGGAAUCAGUUGAAAUGCCCUGGGAGUUGCAGACAAAGGAUCCGCUUUGGGAAAGUCGUAUUCCUAGUCAUUGUGCUGGAGUCCUCCCCUCUCCAUGUGCAUCCCUAAUGGGCGGCUGGUCUCGUAUUGCGGUGCUGGAGCUGUACCGAGCACUGCUCCGUGCAGGGCGCCACCUUCACUACACAGACCACAACUGCUACCAGCGCGCCGUGGCCAGGGAGUUCCGCCGCUGCCAGGCCCUGACCGCGCCGAGCGACAAGGAGGACGCACUGAAGAGGGGCCAGUUUUUCAUCGGCAGUAGACUGGGGGGGCUGAUGUAGGUGGGGGU